AUGGAUUUAUGCCUGCCGGAAUGGUUUAAGUCAAAUACAGUUAUAAAUCCGGUAAGUGCUGAUUUGAGUCCUACCAGAAUACGAAGCAAACGAAAACGUGAAGUCAAGUACCGAAUGUCAACUGUAAGUAGUCAGGUAGAUGAACCUGUAGGGCAGUUUAAUCAGGUGCUUAAUAAUUACUUUGGUUUCUCCAAUCCGAUUAGUACCACUUGGAUUCAGCAAGGUUUGUUUGAAUAA